UCGACGUGACAGCAGUCUGUGCAUGUGUACUGUGUACUGUGAGCGCUCAUAUUUUGUCGUGGAGUCGUGCUCAUCAAUAAGACAUAAAUCUUGCUGAUUGAGAGAUAUUUGUGUGAUUAUUGGUAUUCACAAUGAGUGGAGGAGUCUACGGAGGAGAUGAAGUUGGUGCCCUGGUCUUUGAUGCUGGAUCUUACUCAACCAGAGCUGGUUAUGCAGGGGAAGACUCACCCAAGGCUGAGAUCCCGACAGCUGUGGGUGCCCUUGAAAACAAAGAGCUGGAAUCAUUAGACAUUGACGGUCUCGGUGCCCCACCCUCAAUCCGCGAUGGAGCCAAGAAAAAAUACAUCAUUGAUGUCAACUCACUGGGUGUGCCCAGAGCUGGGAUGGAGAUGGGCAACCCACUCAAGGAUGGCAUGGUUGAUGAUUGGGAUAUGUUUGGGGCUUUGCUAGACCACAUCUAUAAACGUUACAUCCAGUCCGACUCAGCUGAACAUCCAGUACUUAUGUCAGAACCCCCAUGGAACACAAGGCACAAGAGAGAGAAGCUGACGGAAGUGAUGUUUGAGAAGUACAGCAUUCCAGCCUUCUUCCUGUGCAAGAAUGCAGUGCAAACAGCUUUUGCUAAUAUCCGAUCCACUGGGCUUGUUAUAGACAGUGGUGCAACGCAUACAACAGCUACGCCGGUCCAUGAAGGCUAUGUUUUACAACAGGGCAUCGUCAAGAGUCCCCUAGCGGGGGAUUUUGUCACCAUGCAGUGCAAGGAACUUUUUGAUGAAAUGAAAAUAGAAGUGGUUCCCCCAUAUCUUAUAGCCUCCAAGGAGGUGGUGAAAGAGGGCGCCCCAGCCAACUUCAAGAGGAAGGAGGUUCCACAGGUGACUAAAUCCUGGCACAGCUACCGUGUCAAACAGGUGCUUCAAGACUUCCAGAUUACAGCACUGCAGGUAGCAGAUACACCCUAUGAACCAGAUGCCGCUGAUCAGUUGCCCACAGUCCUGUAUGAUUUCCCUAAUGGCUACCAUCAAGAGUUUGCCGAGGAGCGAGUUCGUAUCCCAGAAGGCCUAUUUGAUAUCUCACAUGUCAAGGGCUUUGAAGGUAAUACUAUGUUGGGUGUUGGUCAUGUGGCCAGCACAAGUAUUGGGCUGUUGGAUGCUGAUAUCAGAGCGGCUAUGUACAGCAAUGUUAUUGUCACAGGAGGCAACACGCUGCUGUCUGGAUUCAUAGACCGCCUACAGAGAGAACUACAGAACAAGGCCCCACAGAAUAUGAGACUGAAGAUCAUCGCUCCGUCUGGCACCACAGAGAGACGAUUCAGUGCCUGGAUUGGUGGCUCUAUCCUUGCUUCACUGGGAACUUUCCAACAGAUGUGGAUAUCCAGACAGGAAUAUGAAGAAGCAGGCAAAAGCUGUGUGGAGAGAAAAUGUCCAUGAAUAUUUCAGUGUCAUUGUUCACUGCAAGAUGUAAGCAUCCCAUCCCCGUUUACAGAUCAGUCGCAAAAACUACACUGUCAAGAUUCAUUUGAACCGGUGUGUUAAAAGUAACACAGAAACGCUCAUUAGGACUCCUGGAGAGCAAUGGUGUGCAUUUGCAGGUACUAUAGGAACUGGGUCCCUUGAAAUAAAACUCGGUCCCAGAAUGCAAAUCACGGACGUUGUCUGAAGGGCUUGACAGCUUUGUGGUGUAAACUGCAACUUUUGGGCGCGUCACCUGUCGCGCAUUAAAAUGCACAUAAAUGUGAAUCUGUUUGGUUUUACAUGUAGCCUGGUUUUAAUUUUUUUUAAAAUUCCCAACAAAUAACAUUCAAAACUUUUCUUUUUCAUUGCCUUAGAAUAUACCAAGUAAUUUGUACGGUUGGUUGUGGGUACCUGAUCCCAUAAUCUGGAACCGGUUCCCGACAUCAGUGGUCGGGUACCGGUUCAGAUGCACUUUAUAGACUGAACGUUAUUAAGCAAAAUAACUGCACUGUGAAUUAACUGACCGGGCACUUUCGUACCACUUUUGAAAAAAAAUUAAGUUCUCUUUAGUAAUCUAAAAGCAUAAUUAAGAGGAACAAUAUAUUAAAGUAUUGUAUCCCUGAAAGCACUAUAAAGUGGACAUUGUAGAGUGCUUCAACCUUAACUCCACGCAUCUUCGCCAGGAAUGUUCUUGAAUCCCCAAACUCAACCACUGUGAGGAAAACCAGUGGCACAUCCACUCAAGGGUUUUCAUCAAGCUCUGGGCUGUAUCUUCCUCAAUUCUGCAAAUCCUUCCAAAUCACCUGGGUUUUUGAGGAUUUAGGAGGAUCAGAGUUAAAUUCCGAGAAAGGUAAAGAAUCACGAGGGGAGCAACUAGGGAAGUGUAGCAUAUCAGGGGGUUCUUUAUUGGCAACCUUCUGUUUUAAUAUUUAUGUACAUGAUAACGAAAAUAAAAAAGGCUGUAUUCACCCAUGG